AUGUCGUCCUCACAAUCAUUAUAUGGCAUCCGUAGACCAAAAUCUGAAGCAUCCAAGAAAGACCUUGCAUCGUCCUCCACGCUUGCCUUCACCAACCAUCUCUCCUCAUUGAUAGCAAAUGAGUCCUCUUCUUCUAACGUCGACAUCCAUAGUGCGUCAGGGCGAACGGUAUCCCGCGGCCGAGUGAGGAAAUCUCAGAAAACGGACAUAUUCUCCGUACAUAAUAAAGGCGUGCAGAAACGAGCAGCAGCCGAUAUAUCCAGUGAUAAUGCAGCACUCCAGAUACACAGACGGGGCACAGAUAUAGGAGAGGUUGAUGAUGCUGUUCUCAGCCGGUCUAAAAGAAAAAUGCUAGAAAAAACAAAGCUAUACGAGGAGUUACAGAAAGGAGAAUACUUGGUCACAGGAGAUAGUGAUAGCGAUGAGAGUGAACAACCCGACGAUGGCUUCUCAGCUAUACGACGGGCGGAUAAAAAUAGCUUGGUUAACUUCGAUAGGAAAUGGGCGGAGAGUAGGGAAUCUGGAGAGGAUUCUAAGGAGGCAGAGGACGAAGAUAACACGUUGGUUGAAUACGAGGAUGAAUUUGGCCGGACAAGAUUAGGUACCAAGGCAGAAGCAGCAGAAGCUCUACAAAACCGACAACACAAACACCCUGCUGCCGAUGGAGAAGAGUCCACACGGGACACAAAGCCAAGUCGUGUCCCAUCUGUUGCUCGUCCAUCUCGCCCCUCAAACAUCAUCUAUGGUUCAACUAUACAAGCCGCAGCAUUCAACCCAGAUGAAAGUAUAACAGCUCAGAUGUCUAAGCUUGCUAAGAAACGGGACAAAAGCCCUACACCGCCACCAGAGACGCACUAUAAUGCUGAAGGCGAAGUCAGAACCCGUGGAACGGGAUUCUAUGCAUUUUCUAAUGACGAAGAAAUACGAAAGAAGGAAAUGGAGGAGCUCAUGGCCGCAAGAAGUGAGACAACGCUCGAACGGGAUCAAGCUGCUACGAAAAAGGAAGCUCGAGAGAAAGCAAAACAAGAAAGAAGAAGAAAGAUCGAGGAGCUUAGGAGUAAAAAGAGGGCAGAUCAGUUUUUGGGUAGCCUGGAAACACUUCUGCCUUCAGGGACAAAUUCUGAAGAGGCCGAAGGAAGAGGGGCGGAUUAG